UUUAAAUGUUUAUUAGUAACAUAAAGCUCAGAUCCUUAUUACGUCUUUCGUUGAAGGCGGACAUUUUUUAAUGGAAGUUUUAAAUGGAACGGCCAUAAACGACGUCAAACAGAUCAUGGCAUCAACUGAACCUACAUCAUGUGGACCUUGUAAAAAAAUAGGAGAAACUAUUUCAGCAGACCUCUGGUGUUAUAACUGUGAUGAAGGAUUUUGCUCAACAUGUUCCAACCAUCACAAAAGAUUCAAUGGAACACAGGAUCACAAAACCAUCGAUGUUAAAAGUCAUAAACCAUCAAUCCGACAAAACUAUACAGAAUGUGACAAACAUGGAAAACAGCUUCAUUCGUACUGCCCAAAUCAUUUAGUACCUUGCUGUGAAGAAUGUAUUUCCAGUAGACAUUCUAAAUGUUGUGGAAUAAAAACAUUAGCUAGUGUAGUGGAGAGAACUAAAAUUGAAAAAAUGAAAGCAUCUGUAGAACGUGCAGAGCAAGAUAUCAAUGAUGCCUCAAAUAUGUAUGAACAAAUAUUGAAUAUGAAAUUAAAAAACGUCAAAACAGGUGAAGACCAGUAUUUAGGUAUUGAGAAAUCAAUUGAAGAUAUUCGAAAGGAAAUAAAUAAACAUUUAGACAAACUAAAGGAGAAAAUAUGUCGAGAUGCAGAAACUAUUUGGAAUCAGGAAAAAUCAGCAGCCACAGAUUUCAUUUCUGAAGUUGAAGGAAGAACGAAAAGCUUGAAGGAAAUUAAAGCCAAUUUGCCAACAGUCAUGUCACAUGCCUCAAAACUCCAAUCCUUUUUAUGUAUACAUCAGAUUGAACAACAAGUCUAUAAAUGUCUACGAUAUAUUGAAGACUGGGAAACAGAUGAGAGGGUUAGAGAAUUUGAUAUCAAACUGGCGCAAAAUAGUAAAAUAGAAAAUAUUCUAAGCAAAUUAAAAUCAUUAGAAAGCUUAGGGGAAGUAAUAGUUACUAGAAAAGAACUCUCACAUAACGGGAGAAGAAGCAUGACAAUGGCAGGAUACAUUUCAUCACAGUUCAUUAUUGAAAAAUUGACCAUGCAUAUUUGGAGAAAGGUAGAGACAAAAAAAAAGAGGAAAAUUAGUGACAUGAUUUGUCUGAUGGACGGAAGAGUUAUAGUAGUUGAGCAGCAUCGCAAUGUCAACCUACAUGUAGUUUCUUCAGAUGGUAAAAGCAAACCGUUAUUAAUACCUGACAACGCUUACAGUAUCUCCCAGAUCAACUUGGACACUAUUGCAAUAUCUUAUCCGAGUGAAAAAAUCAUUAAGAUCUUCAAUAUGGAGAAUGAAAAAGUUAUUAACGUUAUUCCAUUAAACAAGGAUUGCUGGGGAUUAUCGUUCGCCAAUAAUUCUCUUGCUGUAGGUUUGAGUAAAGAUGAAAUCCUUAUUAUAGACUUGGCAGGAGAUGUCCUUAAGUCAUUACAAGUUCAGAGCGAAUCAAACCUCUGUAACCUUGUUAACUGCGAUGACAGAAUAAUAUAUAGUGAUUAUGAAGGUCAUGCCAUAUACUGUAUUGAUGUUUCAGGUAAAACGAUCUGGCAAUAUAAACAGGAUUUAAGAGGACCACAAGGACUUUGUACCGAUAAGUUUGGUAACAUUCUUGUAGCAGACGGGGUAUCGAAUAAAAUAAUAGUGGUAGCAAGAGAUGGACAGGGAAGUAAAGAACUAGUUGGUGAAGAGGAUAUUAUACUGAGGGAUCCUAGGUGUAUUUGUUUUAAACAUAAUGUCAGCUCAGGAUUUAUUUGUGAUAACUUUGGCAAAUACUUUGCAGAGUUCAACUUAUCUUAUGGAUAAGAUACAUACAAGCCUUGGUUCUUAACCAGUAGGAAUAUUUUGGAAUGUAUUCUAAUAUUGUAUGAGUGUUUACAUUGGAACAUACAAUUAUCAGUUAA